GACCGUGUCACUCAAAACGGUGCUGCAGCUAUGGGCAUUUUUGCGGGCUAAAGUCAUGUCAUAUGAGACAUUUAAUUGGGCCCGGGUCGCCACAGGGAGGACAGACGGACGGCAUUCCUCCACACACAGCCUGCUCCACAGCCUGCUGCCUGCUGUCUGCUGACCUGUUGUGUUGCUCUGCGCCGCGUGGCCGCUGCUGCACUCCGUGGAGAACAUGUCCAUACCCACGCAAACCUGAGCUGCUGGAGUUGCCUCUCUGAUUAUGGUGGAAAAACUUAUGAAUAGAAAAUAAUAUAGUUGGUGGGACUGUCAAAGGGGGAAGUGGAGGUCAACUUUUUGGAGAGAUAGUUGUGCGCCAUGCAACGGCUGAGAGACGGCUUUUUCUAAAAUAAACCUCAGCGGUGGACAGACAGACGGGGGACAGACAACAAUCAGUAUUGAGGACAUACACUGCUACUUUUUUUUUUAAACUUUAUUAUACGGAAUUUUCCUGCUGCUUCAGGCUUCAUUCCAACUGAACACAACACCUGCUGACUCUGUUUUGUGCCUGUGGCCUCGUGAAGGGAUAAAUGAUCACCUCAACCAGAAGAGUGUCUCCUGAUAAAUCUGAAGUUAGAAUCGCCUUCAGCCUCGAGGACACAUCAGAUGUAAAAGAUGUGGAGGACCUCCCUCAGACUUUCCCAGACCUUGAACAGCGUCUACAGCCAGUGCCCCCCUCUGUGUCUCUGAGAGAGAGUGUUCAGGUGUACAAGGAACACUGCAGGACGGCGAGAGAGUUCCACCAGGUCAAACAUGAGAUGGCCGUGCUUGAGGACCGCAAGCGCAAGUUGCUGGCAGAGCUGGUGGAGGAUGAGCAGGUUGCCAUGGAGAUCGCCCGUCUAGAGGAGGAGUUUCGCCGUCUAACAGAGGAGAACCGCAACUUGAUGACAGUCCACAACGAGCGUGCUCAGCAGCUGGAGAGGCUCUGCUUGACCAAUCGGACGAGGCAGGACUCCUCGUGACCUCUGACCUCCGCAGAACCUGAGGCCUCCAGACAUCCGGCUGACGCCAGGCCAUGAAACCAAGCAGAAAUAAAGGCUCAGCUAGUGCUCAUUCUACACAACAACAGUCAGUGAAUCAGCUGGAGAAAGGCGUCGUGUUUAUUCAUGCCUGAGUCAUUUGUUUGAACCACAGAAGUACUGUCAUUAUCAGUGGGAAGCUGUUGUAGUGAUUCUACCAAGCUAUGACACAAGGCCACUUUUCUGGGUUUUGUUAUUAUGUGAUCUUGCAGAACCUUCCUGGUCGCCACAGCAAUACCUCCCAGUAUAUACACAAUACAAUGUCAGCUGCUGUGAAUGUGACCGGAUAUUCUGAUAUCUGUCUCAGGUCCUGUGGAGACUCAGAUCUUUUACCUGAGGUCUGUGGAGGGAGCCAAAGGUGGUAUGAUGUGGUCCAAAUGUUGUAUUUUGAGGAACGUUUCCCUUCCCUCUCUCGCACCCCGACACUUGUCCGUCAAGUUCCUGUUAUGAUAAAAAGGAAAUGAGACGAGCAUUUAACAGGGAUCGGGAAAUUAUAGCCAUCUGUGAGGAACAGCAAAAGAAGAAGGGUGAUUAUCCAUUUCACAAUAAGUAUCUGCUGCGACACAACACCGUAAGAGUUGUACAUUUUUUUUUGAUGUAGCGUGUCUCGCCCACCUGUUGAAGGGGAAGUAUACAAGAUAAACUGUUGCUUAUCGUCCUCGUCUAUUAAUAAAAUGCAUUUUAUUUUAACACCA